GCGACCACUCAGAUCGCCUGAUAUCACCGGGCAACGGGAAACUUCAACCGGGAUCCACCCGGUAAUGAAACAACGUGCGCGUGGAAGCAGGCCCCAGGAAACUUCCAGAAGUCUCUCUUGCUUAUUCUUUUGUUAGGGCUGGUUUAUUUUUUUUUUAAGUGGUUUGUUUGUGAAUUAAAGUUGCUGUGAUUAGAAGAGGACAAGUGGCUGGUGGAUUCACGUGGGACCGGCCCGCUGUUUGGGGAGCCGAGGUUGCUGCAGUUUGUCCCGAGUAGUUGCAGCUUCGCUAAACAUGGCCGAGGAGUGUUUAAUGAUAAAUAUUACCAGCGAGCCCAGAAUCAACACCUUCGUCAAAAGAAAUCCGAAUAAUUUUGAGCGCAAGAAUUUCGGAAAUACACCAAAUCGGGCACAGCCCAAUCGAGAAAAACGGCAAUUCCAGAAUUCCAGAAGUGGCUCUUCUGCCAAAUCAGCAAAACAAUCAACCUCUGCAGUGAGAAAAAUACACAGUAAUGUUGAGAAGGAACGUCGAAAAGAGCAGGUGUCCAGCGUGGCUCCAAAGAAAAGAAAAGUUAUGGAACAGCCAGGAAACAAAGGAGAGCCUAAGACGAUGGAUCCUAUCAAAACCUCCUCUCUAUUCAGAAACAAUCCUGAAAUCCCAGCGAUUCAUAAGCAGGCAGUGAAAACUUUGAGAGAAUCCAUUUUUACGACAACCCAUUUCCAUGAUCUUGAUGAACUCCAUCCACAUCUGGUUUCCACACUCAACAAAGUUCUGAAGCUUUCUCUCAUGACCAGCAUUCAGAAGCAAGCGAUUCCAGUACUGCUUGAGGGGAAGGAUGCUCUGAUGCAGUCGCAGACUGGCUCUGGCAAAACGUUAGCAUUUGGUGUUCCUCUGGUCCAGUCCUUGCAGUCUAUUCAACCUAAAAUAAAGCGCAUUGAUGGACCAUAUGCAAUUGUCAUUGUUCCAACUAGAGAGCUGGCCCUGCAAAGCUUUGCUACUGUGCAGAAAUUGAUCAAGCCAUUUACGUGGAUUGUACCAGGAGUGCUGAUGGGAGGAGAAAAGCGGAAAUCUGAGAAAGCCAGGUUACGUAGAGGUAUCAACAUUCUUAUAUCGACUCCAGGUCGGUUGGUGGACCAUAUAAAAAACACAAAGAAUAUUUGUUUUAAGCGAGUACAGUGGCUAGUUAUUGAUGAAGCUGACAGGUUGCUGGACCUGGGUUUUGAGAAGGAUAUCGCUGUCAUCCUGAAUGCUUUAACUGCAGCAAAUGUGAAGAGGCAAAAUAUUCUUCUCUCUGCCACACUGACUGAUGGAGUGAAUCGAUUAGCUGGAAUCAGUUUAAAAGACCCAGUUAAUAUUAGCAUCACUGAAACCAACCAAUGCAAGACUACAUUUGCAACAAAUGAAAUGAAGACUGAGCAUAAGAAUAUUGAAAAAGAUUCCAACAGUUAUUCAAUUCCAGACCAGCUGCAACAGUUCAUGGUGCUGAUUCCCAGCAAACUGCGGCUGGUCACACUUUCAGCGUUCAUACUCGGAAAAUUCAAAAUUGAAAAGAAACAGAAAAUGAUCAUAUUUUUCUCCAGUUGCGAAUCUGUGGAAUUUCACUAUAACCUUUUCACAAACGCCUUUACUUCAUAUUCUGCCAGCAAGGAGCAAAAACAAUUACCUUUCUCAGCUUGUAAGAUGCUGUUUCUGCGAUUGCAUGGGAACAUGGAACAGGAGGCAAGAAAGCAAACUUUUCUGGAGUUUUCACAAUCAAAUAUGGGUGUCCUUCUUUGCACCGACGUAGCAGCACGCGGGCUGGACCUGCCGGAAGUCACGUGGAUUGUUCAGUAUAACGCUCCAACCUCGCCUGCGGAUUAUGUUCAUAGAGUUGGUCGAACAGCCCGGAUUGGAUCCCACGGAUACAGUCUACUUUUCCUCACUCCCUCUGAAGCCGAAUAUGCAAAUACACUUGCAUCUCACCAGAUCAGCGUCUCCGAAAUAAAAAUGGACGAUAUACUUUCAGCACUGUUGAUAGAGCACACUCAAAGAAAAAAAUCUGGAAAAAAGUUGGAUGGUGCUAUUUUGCAGGAAGUAAGGGAAUCGGCAACAGCCUUGCAAAGAGUGUAUGAGACCUUCGUGCAUUCAACCAAAGAAAAUCUUCUGCAAGCUAAGAAAGCAUUGCAGUCAUCCAUUCGAGCAUAUGCCACGUAUCCAGCAAAUCUAAAGCAGAUCUUUCACGUGAAAUCUCUUCACCUUGGGCACGCUGCCAAAAGCUUUGGACUUCGAGAUGCACCACAGAAGCUGAGUGUCACAAUAAUGGCCAAUCAGCAGAAGAAGAAUCUUAAACCAAAAAUGAAGAGGUCUGGCUUGGGCAGGAAUCUUUCUGCGGCGGCCCAAGUAGCUUUCAAACUGCGAUCUGAAUAUGCAAGUGGACUAGGGGAAACAUUUUAUAAGGUAAAGAAGAAGCAAAAGUCUUUAAGGAGGCCCCAGCCGGAGAGUGCCUGAAGUGAGUCGCCAAACCCUGCAGACACUGUCAAAGGCUCUGCUAGCAAUGCUGCUCAAGUGACAUUAAAAUGAAGUUCAUAGCACUGAGCAGCAGGUUACAUGAUGCAAUGGGCAAACUGACCAGCUGUGUCUGCUGAAACUGUGUUUUUAAGAUGAUACUGAAUUGUGUGUAAUUUAUAUUUUGUACAGUGGAGAAUAAAACAGUUUUAGAUUCAAAUUAAAA